UCUCUCUCUCUCUCUCUCUCCCACUUUCCUUCAAUUGGUAUCAUAGACAGUUCUACCUGUCGUUCCUUCCUUCUUAUCCAUCUACUGCUGUGCAGUCUGUCUCAUUGAUCGCAUUCCUUUGUCGAUUCAACCCGGACAUUCCUUGCUGAUUGAUACCCAAUUCUUUCUCUCUACACCUCCAUUCAACAAUUCAACUACAAUGGCUCCUCUUGCCAAAUCCCUGGCCCUUGCCGGCUCUCUUCUGGCAGCCUUCGGCUCUGCCGCUCCUUUGAACAAGCGCGACAACGGCAACAACGUUCACGUCGUCUAUGAGACCUCCACCACCGUCGUCUGGACCACCGUGGAUCUCACCACCACCAUCUAUGCCAACAUUCCCGCUCCCACCGUGCCUGCUCAGACCACCGUCAUCUCCGUCACUCAGGCUGCUCCCACUGUCCAGACCCAGGAGCCCGAGCCCGAGACCACCAGCGAGGAAGCUCAGCCCACUCAGCCUCCUCAGCCCACGACCACCCAGGUCGAAGAGCCGGAGCCCACUCAGCCUGCCGUGACUUCUGUGCCUCAGCCUACUUACACCCCGGAGCCCCAGCCUGAGCCCCAGCAGCCCACCACCACCGCUGUUGCGCAACAGCCCACCAUUACUGCCGCCGCUCUGCCUGCUCCCACCACCGGUGGCGGCAGCAGCAGCAGCGGAAGCAGUGGCAGCAGCAGUGGCGGAUCUUGGAACACGGGUGAUAUCACCUACUACGACACUGCUACUUCUGCCAGCAGCCCGAGCAGCUGCGGCUACACCAACGACGGUGAGACCGAGUACGUUGUUGCGUUGUCCCACGAGAUCAUGCAGGACAGUGACUGCGGCAAAACGAUCACCAUCGACGUCAACGGCAAGACUGCAACCGCAAAGGUCGUCGACAAGUGCAUGGGCUGCAACGCCGGCUCCGUUGAUGUGUCCCGUGCUACCUUCGGCGCCUUGGCCUCCAUGGCCGAUGGUCGCGUGACCUGCAAGUGGAAGUUCAAUUAAGCGUUGAUCGCUGAAAGCGUGUUCUCUUUUUCUUGACCUUCUUCUUAUACCCUCAUCUUGUUUGCUUCUCUUCUUCAUAUCAACUUUGAUUCUUCACAUUCUUGUCACUCUUUUAUGACUUAUUUUCAGACGUUGACGAACUCCAACGGAGCAUCUGUCUUUUGUUUUUCUUCAUGUGGAUAAAGCUCUUCACAUCUUUCUUUCGGGGUAUUUAAACCAAUUCUUUUUUCAUUCGCUUUUUGAGGAACAAGAUAAGGAGCACGCGGGACGCCUUCCGACACGACGCUACGAUAGAUAUAUGCUGAGGUCGAUAGAAUCGGGAAUUCUAUCUGGGAGACUGAGCCACGAUGAACAAUGAAAAGUUUUGAGAUUACGUAGAUCGAUCUUGAUUCAAUUGCGUUUUGUCUAAACCUGAGAUUCUUGGCUUAGAAAUAGUGACAAUAUUGACAAUGUCAUCUGCUUUAUUCACUUUG